GUCUCUGUCCGUGACUCGUGAAUGAACAGAGGAAGUCCAGACCGUGGACGUCUUUACCGAGGUGAAUCCUGCACUGUGGGGUCAGGAGGCUCCGCCCCCUGCUGGUUAUAGGACCCUCAGUCCACCGGAGCUGGACUAGUGUGAGGACCAGAGUCUGAAGAGCACAUCAUGAAGUUGGAUUUUCCUUUGUCGUCUUUGGCGUUGUUGGUCCUCUCUCUGUCUCCAGUGCGCGGUCAGCGGCCGGUGAACUGCCGGUGGGGUCCGUACGGAGAAUGGUCCGAGUGCGACGGCUGCUCCAGUACAAAGACGCAGACUCGCCACGCGGAGGCGUACGCCCAGUUCGGGGGCGCGCCGUGUUCGGGGGAAGCCACUCAAACUCAUCCGUGCGUCCCACAUAGAGGAUGUCCUCUGGCAACGGGUUGUGGAGAACGGUUCCGCUGCACCUCUGGUCAGUGUAUCAGCCGCUUUCUGGUCUGUAACGGAGACCAGGACUGUGAGGACGGCCGGGAUGAGAGAGGCUGUGGUCCGGAGGGCAGCCGGUCCCCAUGUGACCUCGACAAACCCCCCCCCAGCUUUGAGCUCACAGGCCGAGGGUACGACGUGUUGACGGGCAGACUGAGGGCCGGUGUGAUCAACACUCUGAGCUUCGGAGGGCAGUGCAGGAAGGUGUUCAGCGGCGACCACAAAGUCUCUUACAGGCUGCCGCAGAACAUCCUCAGGUUCUCCUUUGAGGUGGAAGUAGAAAACGAGGAGAGCGACGAGUCCUACGACAGCCUCUGGUCCUACGAGCAGCACAUCCAGUCCGACGCUUUGGUGGGAAACGACCGCCGUGCCUUCCACAAAGAUCUCCGUGACAAUAAGGCUUACAGAUUCAUAGUCAUGAAGAACACGGUGGAGCUGGCCCGGUUCCAAAACUCCGCCCCUGAGUAUUUGACGCUGGCCGAAGGCUUUUGGAGGGCCUUGUCCUCGCUGCCCGACGCGUACGACUACUCCGCCUACCGCCGGCUGUUGGACACGUACGGCACGCAUUACCUCUCCGAGGGGUCGCUCGGAGGCAAAUAUCAAGCCCUGUUGGAGUUGGACCGCCAGGAUCUCGAAUCCACCGAAACAACCAAUAUAGAUUACCAGAGGUGUUGGCGAAAGGUGAAACGUCGUUUUUUCCGGAAGAAAGUCAAGACCGUCUGUGAGAAACUGACAAAAGCUCUCUCAAACAACCACGGAAACAACGUGAACAAGAUGUCCAUAAAGGUCGACGUGAUCGGAGGGGAUCCGACCUUCACGGGCGCUCUGAGUCUUCUGGAUCUGGAAAACCCGGAAGCUAACGGAGAGAUCUACGACAACUGGGCCUCCUCCGUCAAAGACUUCCCCGAAGUCAUAGACCAGAAGCUGCGUCCUCUGCACGAGCUGGUGAAGGAGGUGCAGUGUGCAGGUUUGAAGAAGCUCCACCUGAAGAGGGCCACGGAGGAGUACCUGGCCCAGGAGCAUCCCUGCCGCUGCCGGCCCUGCCGGAGCAACGGCCGGCCUCUCCUGACGGCGGGCUCCGAGUGCAGCUGCGUCUGCCGCCCGGGAACCUCGGGACUGGCCUGCGACAUCGGCGCCGCCACCGGAGAACAACCCGGGCUCAUCCGUGGCAGCUGGAGCUGCUGGUCCUCGUGGGGAUCCUGCUCCGGGGGUCAAAGGUCACGGAUCAGAAGCUGCAACAACCCCGCCCCCAGCCGAGGUGGCCACCAGUGCUCCGGACUGCGGCUGGAGGGGAAGCCGUGUGAGGACGCCGACGUCCACUUCUUACAGGUGAUGGAGCCUCAGUGCUUCAAUCUCUCUGCAACUCCACCCGAGACAUGCGGAGCGCCUCCAAACCUCCGGAACGGAUUCAUUCAGAAUCCCAAAGAUGUUUACCUGGUUGGAACCACGGUGGAGUACUCCUGCCUCCCAGGCCAUCACCUCAGUGGAGACGCCGUGGCCCGAUGCACUGAAGACCAGGAGUGGAGGACGGGCCCGGUGGUCUGUAAAGAGUCCACGUGCGGGAUCCCUCCGCUCGACGGCCACGUCGUAGCCACGCCCACGCGAGCAGCCUAUCCCGUCGGAGGCCGAGUGUCGCUCUCCUGCCCCGCGGGGUCAGAGCUGGAGGCCGAGGCCUCAGAGACCGCGUGCAGCCCCAGUCUGCAGUGGUCGCCUUCCCCGGCCGGCGCUCGCUGUAAAGCCGCGCCCUCAGCUCCUCCCCCGUCCGGCCUGAAGUGUAAGUUGUGGGAGAACGUAGGAAGAACCGAGUGUGUGUGUAAAAUGCCAUCUCAGUGCCUGCCUUCCCUGCCGGCCUGUGCCCGUCUGGGCUCCAGCCGAGCCCGUCUUUUGAGCGUCUGUCAGCUCGGCGCUCUGCGGUGUUUGGGGCGGAGCUUCCAGUUGGCGAGUGACUGUGAUUGGCCAGAGGAGAUGACCACGACCUGCGUGAACUGCCGACCCGGGACUAUCUGUCUGGAAUCGAAGUGUGUUUGUCAAGACGCCUCAGCGUGCCCUCGUGACUCCGCCCCCCUGUGCGUGAACUCGGGCGGCGGCGGCGUUGCCACGACGAUGACCGAAUGCGAGGCGGGGGCCAGGCGGUGCGCCGGGGAGACGGUCGAUGUGCUCGGCAUCGAGGCGUGUCCACGGUGAAGUGACCGUUCCUUUAUUGCUUAUAUAUUUUUUUAGCACACUCGAAUGAUGAAAAUAAAAAAAUAAAAAAUUGCAUUAAAAACAGUUUAAUUUUACAAAAACAAAAUAUAUCUGCCGGUUUCAUUGAGGACUCAAUGGCGUACAUUACAUAUUGUUUCAGAGAUUGUUUAUAGUGUUUCUCUUUGGCCUCCAUUCAAUGAUCGCCAUGUAUUGGCUGUUUUUAGACGGCAUUUAAUCAAAUAAGUCAUUAUUAAAUAAAUGUUUUGUUUAAUCUC